AUUUAUUUGACAGGCAGGCCAUCAGUCAGAGUGCUGUCCAGAGGCAGGCAGCUCAGACCCAGCUCAGCUCCUCAACCAUCUACUUCCACUGAGGAGUCGUGGUGUAAAUAAGUCCCCGGACCGUCGUAACGGCUCUCCUUACUGAACCCCCCAAGCCCUACACAAGACUGGACUCCUUCUGCCUCCAUUUACAGCUACAGAGAUGGGGCUCGUCUUCCAGAUCCUGCUCCUCUUUGUCGCGGUGUCCCUGGAUGGAGGCGACUGCGGCGUCUUUGUGAAGACCAUCCGCGAGAGGCGGGCGCUACUGCCCAACAUCACAUCCGGCCGCCCUACCACCUUCAACCACGUCUACAACAUCAAGCUGCCCCACUGCAAGACCUGCUCGGCCAACAUCUCCAAACCCUUGGCCCGCAUCUUUGAGGCUCAGGAUGAGGCCAGGGAUGACAAACGCUUUGAGCAUACUGUCGACCCCGCCAAUCAAGUCGUCUUCACCCACAGGAUCAACAUCCCUCCUCAGGCGUGCGGCUGCGAUGACGCUCUGGCCCUCCUGAGCCGACUGGAGGCCCUCGAGAAGCAGGUGGCCACUCUGCGUCGACAGUGCUCCAGCAACGCUUGCUGUGGUGCAAAGCGUGCGAUGGACUGUGGGGCCCAUGGGACUUUCAGCCCCUCCACCUGUGGCUGUGUCUGUGAGGAGGGCUGGAGCGGCCCCACUUGUUCCAAGGCCAGCUGCCCAGUGAACUGCCACCCUCACCAGGGGGAUUGCGUGGCUGGCCGGUGUGUGUGCCAUGAAGGCUUCACGGGGGAGGACUGCAGUAAGGAGAUCUGCCCUGACGAUUGUAAUGACCAAGGGCGCUGCAUCGACGACAAGUGUGUCUGCUUCCCUGGGUACACAGGAUAUGGCUGCACCGAGGAAAUUUGCCCUGAUGACUGCAAAGGCCGCGGGAAGUGUGUCGAUGGGAACUGUGUCUGCAACAAGGGCUACUCUGGGUUUGACUGUGGGGUCAAAGACUGUCCGGGUGACUGCAGCGAUCAAGGGCAUUGCGUCGAGGGGAAGUGUGUCUGCAACGCAGGCUUCUCUGGGAGGGAUUGUGGCCUACGGGAUUGCCCCGCCAACUGUCAUGGCCAUGGGAACUGCAUCAAGGGAAAGUGUGUCUGCAAGAAAGGGUUCACUGGGACUGACUGUGCAGUGAAAGCUUGUCCCCAGAACUGUAAUGACCGAGGGAGAUGCGUCAACGGAAAGUGUGUCUGUAACACAGGCUAUUCUGGGCCUUCUUGUGGUGUUCAGACCUGUCCUGAUAACUGUAACCAACGGGGAAAGUGCGUCAACGGGAAGUGUGUCUGUAACACAGGCUAUUCUGGGUCUUCUUGCAGCGUUCAGACCUGUCCUGAUAACUGUAACCAACAGGGAAAGUGUGCCAAUGGAAAGUGUGUCUGUAACACAGGCUAUUCUGGGUCUUCUUGCAGCGUUCAGACCUGUCCUGAUAACUGUAACCAACAGGGAAAGUGUGUCAAUGGAAAGUGUGUCUGUAACACAGGCUAUUCUGGGUCUUCUUGCAGCGUUCAGACCUGUCCUGAUAACUGUAACCAACAGGGAAAGUGUGUCAAUGGAAAGUGUGUCUGUAACACAGGCUAUUCUGGGCCUUCUUGCGGUGUUCAGACCUGUCCUGAUAACUGUAACCAACGGGGAAAGUGCGUCAACGGGAAGUGUGUCUGUAACACAGGCUAUUCAGGGCCCAAAUGCGGUGUCCAGAACUGUCCGAACAACUGCAACAAUCAAGGACGCUGCACUGAAGGGAAGUGCAUUUGCAAGGAUGGGUUCACAGGAAAUGAUUGUUCAAUAGAAAUCCCAACUCCCGCUGGGCUUCAUGUGAAGAAGAUCCUGGAGACCAAGGCGACAGUGGGGUGGCAGCUGCCACAGGUUCCCGUCGACACCUGGGAGAUCACCUUCCGCCCCUUGAAAGAGGACAACGGCAAGCUGACCAAUCGCCUGGCUGGUUCCAAGAGCUCCUUCCAACAGAUAGGCCUGGCUUCAGGGCAGGAAUACGAGGUCACACUGCGAGCUGAGAAGGACAAGAAGCUCGGACCAGCUGUGUCGAGAACCUUUACAACACUGAUUGAUGGCCCCCGGAACCUCCACGUGGUCUCAGCGACAAACUCCACCAUCAAGUUGGGGUGGAAAAAGCCCCAGGCGUCGAUCGACCAUUACCGCCUCAACUACUCUUCAGCAACGGGCAAACACAGCCAGGUGGUGGUACCACCUGGAGACAACAGCGCCAUACUGACCGGCUUAGAGGCUGGAGUGGAACACACCAUCUCCCUGGUGGGGGAACGAGGGGGACACCAGAGUAAGGCCGCAGCCACUAAAGGAACAACUGUGAUCGACAGCCCCAGGAACCUUCGUGUUGUCAUGGUGACGGACGCCACCAUCAAGCUGGAGUGGGAGAAGUCUGUAGCUCGGGUUGGUCAUUAUCACAUCGUGUACAGUACCGAGGCAGGAAAGCGCGGAGAGUUGCGAGUGCCUGGCAAGGGUAACACCACCACCUUGGUGGGGCUGGAGGAUGGCACCAAGUACACAAUUUCCUUGGUGGGGGAGCAGGGGAAGAUGAAGAGCAAGCCGGUGAUCACUGUAGGGACCACGGGUCUCACCCAGCGGAAACUGGCUGUCAGUCACUCAACUCCCACAGUGGCUACCAACGAGAACCAAUUCAUCCAGGACAUCUCGAGGGCUAUCUCCAGAAAGAUAGCGGCUGCUGAAAUCUCCGCUGAUGUGGGCAUGACUGCGCGAUCCAUCAUUCGGCGCUACCCAGCCUUUGCCAAAAGCCCUACUGGCUCCCCUAAGGUGUUUCUUGGCACCCCACCUGCCAGAGUCAAAGUCAGUUCAGAGAGGGGACAGAUAGCUAAAGAGUCCAAAAAUGGAAAAGGUCCCAUUAGGAAGAUACAAGGACCCACCUUGGUAGGACCAGGGAGAUUUGUGGGCCCUGGAAGAAAGGUAACUGGGUCCCCCGGGAUUCCCCCUAUAUUGAAGCAUAAGAAAGGACCUGCUGGCUCGCCUUCUUCGAACGGAGCCCAAGAAACUUCUCUCAAUGCCCAGCGAACCAGCAAAGGACCUGAGACCCCUCUACACACAGGGACACCUGAACCAACCAAGCAGGAGAUUCUUGGAGGGAAGGAUAAAACAGAAAAUAGCAGCUCAUCCCGAUUAACUUCGAAAAUCUACCUACCCCCUCUGGGGAGGUCCAGGAAGCCUAUAGUUUCCAGAGCUUCAGCCACAGGCUCCAAGGAAUCUCCAAACCCAUUCACAUUGAAUGCCACCUCCAGGCACGUAGUCCUCUCCUGGGACAUUACAGAAGGCUUGUUUGACACGUUGCUUCUAAGUUACAGAGAUCCCUCCACGAACACUGUCCUCUCAGAGGUGGCCUUGGGUGGUGAUCAACGGACAGCAAACAUCACAGGUCUAACCAUUGGCAAAAGCUAUGAAGUCUCCCUUUAUGGCACCUCUGGGAGCAAUCCUUCCCAACCUAUUCACAUUACAGAAGUUGCAGUGCCUGGGUCAGAUGAAGGGCCAGUGACCGUGAACAUGGAUUCGACCACCCUUCAAAGUGCACAAGCCAAAACUCAGGGGAAAGGCAGUGAGGAGGAGGAGGAUGAGGUGGAGGAUGAGGAGGAUGAAGAGGAGGAGGAGGAGGAGGAGGAGGAAGUGAGGCAGGAAGUGCCGGAGCUGCCUGCUACCUUAGGAACAGAGCCGGAGGACCUGGCCACUUCCAACUCUGCCUCAGAGAACCUGACUCCCUCAGCCUUCAAACAUUCACUCGUCAGUCCCAAGAACUCUACUGUGUCCAACUCUUCCCAAACACAAGCGCCCAAUGACCUUCGGCCUUUUGACCUCUCAGGCUUGACCCCUGCUGUUAACUCUAACAUUACCCACCAAGUUGUGACUGAUGACAAACUCUCAGCUCCUCUUACAGACCAGGUUGCUAGUUUUCGCAAUGUGACGGUUAGAGACAUUACUGCCAAGGCCUUCCGCCUGUCCUGGAAGGUUCCAGAAGGGGCCUUCGACUCUUUUGUUAUCCAAUACAGGGUGUCGACCAGCUCCGCGCGCUGGGAGGAACGCAAAGUGCAAGGCCGGUUCCGGUCAGCUGUUCUCAAGGGCCUGAGUCCUGCGACCAAGUACACGGUGAGGCUGUAUGGGGUUCGAGAAGGGCAACGCACCGGGCCCUUCACACUGGACGCCACCACAGAUUCCACUGAGAAAGUGAAGCCAGGGGAUGUGGGAAAACUCGAUGGACUUACAUCUUCCAACAUCACAGACCGCUCCCUCCAGCUCACCUGGUCUGCACAAAAGGAUUUUGACACCUUCCACGUACACUACAGAGUCGACGGAUCAAAGGAUGUGCAGAAGCUGAAGCUGCCCGGUAAUCUUCGCUCCUCAAUCAUCACAGGCCUCAGGCCUAGCACCAAGUACACGAUUUACCUCUACGGUGUCUCCUCUGGCCAGCGGACUAAACCAAUCACCACCAUAGCUACCACUGCAGAUAAAGAGGCUGUAAAGCUAGGCAGCCUGUCCACCUCUAAUAUCACGGCAAACUCUCUCCGACUCUCCUGGACAGUGGACAGGGCCUUUGACUCCUUUUUAAUCCAGUACAGAGUCCAGGGCUCUGAGGAGACCCACAACAUCACAGUCACUGGCGGACGACGAUCCCACCGCAUCGCAGGCCUCAGGCCUACUACCAGAUACACCGUCUAUCUCUAUGGGAUUUCCGGUGGCUCACGGACAGAGCCUUUGACCACUGCCGUGACCACCACAGAGCGGCCCCAGCAAAGUGAAGUAAGCGAUCUCUCGGUGUCUAACAUAACGGCAGACUCCCUCCAGCUCUCCUGGGUGACGGAGGGGGAAUAUGACUCCUUCUUCAUCGAAUACGGAGCUGAGGAGGAUCAGGCUAUGCAGAACUUCACGGUAACCGGUGCCCAUCGAUCCUCCAUCAUCACAGGUCUGAGGCCUACCACUGCCUACACAUUCUAUCUCUAUGGGGUCUCGGCUGGUCAACGCACCAAACCACUGACAGCUGUCGCCACCACCAAAGCUUCCACAGAUAGAGACAAAGUAAAGCCAAGUAAAGUGGUUAAAUUGGAGAAUCUUUCAGUCUCUAACAUCACAGCGGACUCCUUCCAACUCUCCUGGAGUGCGGAGAAGGAUUUUGAUUCUUUUAUCAUAGAGUAUGGAGUGCAAGGUUCUGAGGAUGUGCAGAACGUCAUGGUAACCGGUGACCGCCGAUUGUCUCUCAUCACAGGCCUAAGGCCUACCACUGUCUACACAGUCUAUGUCUAUGGGAUCUCUGGUGGUGUACGCACCAAGCCACUCAGCACUAUCAUAACCACCAAAGCUUCCACAGGUGGAGACAAAGUAAAGCCAAGUAAAGUAAUUAAACUGGAGAAUCUUUCAGUCUCUAACAUCACAAUGGACUCCUUCCAACUCUCCUGGGGUGCGGAGAAGGUUUUUGACUCUUUUAUCAUACAAUAUGGAGUGCAAGGUUCUGAGGAUGUGCAGAACCUCACGGUAACCGGUGACCGCCGAUUGUCCCUCAUCACAGGCCUGAGGCCUACAACCAUCUACACAGUCUAUGUCUAUGGGAUCUCUGGUGGUGUACGUACCAAGCCACUCAGCACUGUCAUAACCACCAAAGCUUCCACAGAUAGAGACAAAGUAAAGCCAAGUAAAGUAAUUAAACUGGAGAAUCUUUCAGUCUCUAAUAUCACAGUGGGCUCCUUCCAACUCUCCUGGGGUGCGGAGAAGGAUUUUGAUUCUUUUAUCAUACAGUACCGAGUACGAGGCUCUGAGGAUGUGCAGAACCUCACGGUAACCGGUGACCGCCGAUUGUCCCUCAUCACAGGCCUGAGGCCUACAACCAUCUACACAGUCUAUGUCUAUGGGAUCUCUGGUGGUGUACGCACCAAGCCACUCAGCACUGUCAUAACCACCAAAGCUUCCACAGAUAGAGACAAAGUAAAGCCAAGUAAAGUGGUUAAACUGGAGAAUCUUUCAGUCUCUAACAUCACAGCGAACUCCUUCCAACUCUCCUGGGGUGCGGAGAAGGAUUUUGAUUCUUUUAUGAUACAGUACGGAGUGCGAGGUUCUGAGGAUGUGCAGGACCUCACGGUAACCGGUGACCGCCGAUUGUCCCUCAUCACAGGCCUGAGGCCUACCACUAUCUACACAGUCUAUGUCUAUGGGAUCUCUGGUGGUGUACGCACCAAGCCACUCAGCACUGUCAUAACCACCAAAGGGAAAGGCAAACCGAAACCGAGUAAAUUGGGUGGUCUUUUGGUUUCUAACGUCUCAUCUGACUCCAUCCCCUUCUCCUGGAUGGCAGAGAAGGGUUUUGAUGCCUUUCUAAUACGGUACAAGGUGCAUGGGUCUGGCGUUGUGCAGAACUUCACGGUCAACAGUGACGACCGCUCGACAACCAUCACAGGGCUGAGGCCUCGCACCAAAUACACAGUCUAUGUCUAUGGGGUUUAUAAUGGCAAACGCACAAAGCCAUUGACCAGAGUUGUUACCACAAAAGCUCCCACAGAUAAAGAGGCUGUAAAACUCGGCAGCCUGUCUACCUCUAAUAUCACGGCUAACUCUCUCCGACUCUCCUGGACAGUGGACAGGGCCUUUGACUCCUUUUUAAUCCAGUACAGAGUCCAGGGCUCUGAGGAGACCCACAACAUCACAGUCACUGGCGGACAACAAUCCCACCGCAUUGUAGGCCUCAGGCCUACUACCAGAUACACCGUCUAUCUCUAUGGGAUUUCCGGUGGCUCACGGACAGAGCCUUUGACCACUGCUGUGACCACCACAGGAGAUAGAGAAACUGUAACACCAGUUAGGCUGGGCAGCCUGUCCACCACUAAUAUCACGGCAAACUCUCUCCGACUCUCCUGGACAGUGGACAGGGCCUUUGACUCCUUUUUAAUCCAGUACAGAGUCCAGGGCUCUGAGGAGACCCACAACAUCACAGUCGCCGGCGAACAACAAUCUCACCUCAUUGUAGGCCUCAGACCUGCUGCCAGAUACACCGUCUAUCUCUAUGGGAUUUUCAAUGGAAAACUUACCAAGCCCUUGACCACUGCUGUGACCACCACAGUUUCCAUAGAUACCAAUGGCGUAAAACCAAGCAGGCUGAGUAAACUUAUCCGCCUUUCAGGGAAUAAUGUUACGCAGGACUCCCUCCAAAUCUUUUGGGCUGCAGAGAGUGGCUUUGAUUCCUUUCUGAUCCAAUACAGAGUGGACGGAUCCGAGGAGGUGCGGAACUUCACUGUGCCUGCACACCAACAGUCUUCCUUCAUUGAAGGCCUGAGGCCUAGUACCAAGUACCUGAUUUCUCUCUAUGGGUUCUCUGGCAGCAGACGGACAAGGCCACUAACCACUAUAAUAACCACUGCAGCCUCCGCGGACAAAGAGGGAGAAAAAUCAGGCAAGUUUGGGAGCCUUUCAUUCUCAAACAUCACAGCUGACUCCCUCCUCCUCUCCUGGACAGCCGAGACUAUCUUUGACUCCUUCCUGAUACAGUACAAAUCUCAGGGUUCUGAGACUCUGCAGAAUAUCACGGUAACCGGUGACCGCCGAUCAACAUACAUCACAGGCCUUAGGCCUACGACCAACUACACCAUUUACCUCUAUGGGGUGUCCGGUGGCCAACUCUCCAGGCCAUUGGUGGCUCUCUUAACCAUCACAGCGGUUCCCGUUCACACAGCCGGGUUCAGUACGCUGGGAAGGCUCUUGGUCUCAAACAUCGACACUCACAGCCUCAAACUCUCCUGGACGGUGGAGGAAGGGGCCUUUGACUCUUUCCUGGUUCAGUACAGAGACUCUCAGGGGCGGCUGGGAGUCAAGGAGGUCACGGUGCCUGGCAACCUUCGCAAUGUCACCAUCGCAGAUCUCAUACCCAGCACCGAGUACCUCAUUUCCCUCUAUGGUGUGUUAAAGAACCAGCAAACGGAGCCAAUUCCAAUUGUGGCACGAACAGCUCGAGAGAGUCGGAGCAGACUGAGGUUCACAGACCUCAGAGACACCUCAGUCACCGUCCACUGGGCAGCACCUUCAGCCCCUGUCAAGACCUUCAAGAUCUUCUAUGUCCCGACUAAACAAGGUGCACCGAGGAGUGCAAUAAUAGAUGGCAGGAAAACCAACAUCACCCUGAAAGGCCUGGUCCCAGAUACCAAGUAUGAGAUCAACCUGGUGGCUGUGCAAGGGGCCAUCGAAAGCCCCCCCAUCCUGGACCACUUCACAACUGCCCCAGACGCUCCAUCUGACCUGAAAGCUGUAAAUGUCUCGGACACUAUGGCCCUCCUGGUCUGGAGACCUGCAAUUGCACCAAUCAAUCACUACGUCAUCACUUACAGUGGCCAAAAUGUUCCCACUGUGAGCAAGAAUGUGCCAGGUAACACCGCAGAACUGCAGCUCACUGGUCUCAAUAUGAACACUGAGUACAAAGCAGAGAUCCACAGUGUCAAGGGAGACAGGAAGAGCCCAAGGAUCAGUACCAGCUUUGUCACUGGGUCUGACUUGCCGAGGGACCUCACGGUGCGUGACAUCUCGUCGACUGAAGGCCUGGUCUCAUGGAAGAGCCCAAGAAGCCCAGUGACUGGAUACCUCCUCGUGUACGAGACUGAAGGGAGCGAGGCUCAGCAAGUGAAGCUGGACCCCGUGGCAACGAGCCACAGACUGCGCCAGCUUCUGCCCAGCACCAGGUACACGGUGAGGCUGCACGCUUUGCGGGACGGUGAGCGGAUGGCUGCCAUUACUGCAUACUUCAGCACAGUCGGUGCCCGGAUCCCCUUUCCAAAGGAUUGCGGAGAGGAACGCAGCAACGGAAGGGCAGAGUCGAGCGUCGUCACCCUCUACCUGAAUGGGAACAAAGAUAAGCCCAUCAAAGCUUAUUGCGACAUGAGCACCAAUGGCGGAGGCUGGAUGGUUUUCCAGAGGAGAAAGAAUGGCAAAACCAACUUCAUGAGGAACUGGAAAGCCUACGCAACUGGAUUCGGGGACCUGGCAGGGGAACACUGGCUGGGUCUGGAAUAUCUCCACCAGAUGACAUCGCAGCAACGUUACGAGCUCCGUGUGGAUCUGAGGAAUGAUGAUGAGUCGGCUUACGCUACCUACGAUAACUUUGUGGUGGAGAGUCCGGCCCAGAAAUACAAACUGAAAGUGGGAAAAUAUGCUGGAAAUGCCGGCAAUUCCCUGUCCUAUCAUCACGGCAGUAGCUUUACUACCCUGGACUCAGACAGUGAUGAGGCUCUGACUAACUGCGCUGUGUCCUACCGAGGAGGCUGGUGGUACAAAAACUGUCACCGCGUCAAUCUCAACGGAGAAUACGGAAACAACAGAGACCAUCAGGGUGUGAACUGGUACGGGUGGAAGGGAUUUGAGUUCUCCAUACCCUUCACUGAGAUGAAGAUGAGGCCUUAUAACUUUGCCAGGGCCGUCAGGAAGGAGUGAGGACAAGUGGCACCCCCAAGGGUCACUUCUAAAGCUCGCAGCUAAAUUCUUCCACCUGGACUUUCCAAUGUUACCAUGGUUACCAUCAAGCCUGCAAUUUUUUUGCCUACAUUUCCAUUCUGCUGGGAUCUGGGCCCAUUAGCCUUUGACCCCACCAACAAUACCAAUGACACCACCACUGUAUGCCCCCUCAUUUGCCAGCCAGGCUCGGAAUUGUGCGGUUUGAAAAUCAUUCCCCAAAAAGCUCAUAGAAUUAAGCAAAUGUUGAAGGAAUUGGAAGGACCUCAAACUCCAGUACUGUAGAUGGCGCUGUUUUCUGAUCACCAGCCUCUUAUAUUUCUGCUGCUUUAUAGUAUAUGAGUGCUAAGGUCAAACUCUAAUAUCAGAAACUCCCCCAAUGCAUUUUAAGAGAUUUAACUUGAUGAACUUUGUUUGAAGUUAUGAUGUGUGUUUUUUUUCUGUAAUUUUUAAAUACAUAUGAUGUGCCUUUUC